AUGUGUUCUCGAUCCUUUGUUGUGCAGAAGCGCAGCGCCAAGUCCCUGAGCCGCUAUCAGAUUGGCGAUAAACUGGGAGCAGGCUGCUUCGGGACCGUAGCGAAGGCAACCGACAAGCUCUCAGGCGUUCGACGGGCCUUCAAGACUGUCUCCAAGGUCAAGCAAGCUCAAAUGUCGAAGAAGGAAGCUGCAACGAUGGCACUCCUGGACCAUCCGAGCAUUUGCCGGCUCUAUGACAUUAUUGAUGAUAAAGACAACGCGUACUUCGUGAUGGAGCUCUGUGCCGGAGGUGAUUUGCAGCAGCGCCUCGAGGGUUUCACCGACCAGUUCUUGCCCGAACCCACGGCGGCGUCCCUUAUGAAGCAGCUGUUCUCUGCCAUGAACUACCUCCACCAGCUCUGGAUCGCGCAUGGAGACUUCGCAGCGCGCAAUGUUCUGAUCAAGGAGAACAAGCCUUUGGAUCAAAGCAUGGUCAAAGUUGCAGAUUUCGGGAGUUCCCGCAGCGUCGACACGACGCAAGAUUCCGGAUCACACAAGAGCGACAUUUGGGGUCUGGGGCGGCUCAUGCGCGGCCUUGUUUGUGACAUUAGCCGCGUUCUGGGCAAGUCCACGAUCGCAAGCGCCUCUGGUCAAACGUCGGUUCGAAAGCCGAUGGACGACAGUGCAUGGAUUGGGCAUUCGGACGAGUCGCGCUGCCUUUGCGGCCGCAUUCUUCGCCGUGAUCCUGCUGCAAGGUGGACUGCAGAAGAGGCUUUGCACCAUCCCUGGCUGAUUGGCGUGAAAAUGCAGUCGAAGGAGGCAACCGUUCCAGAGAACAUCCUGCAGCGCCUACAGGCUUUCGCGAACGCCAGCUGCCUGGAGCGGGUUGCGCUGCAAGCCAUCGCAGAGCAGAGAGGAGGCUGCGAACACCUCUUUGUCACGCUUGACAAGGACGCUGAUGGCCUCCUCACACCAGCAGACCUCCAGUGCUCCCUGGAAGAAGUCUUCGGCACAGCCGCUGAGAUGCCGAACUUCCAUUUUCUCCUGGCCGAGGUAGAUCCGGAUGGUGUCGGCGCGGUAGAGCUUUCAACCUUCAAUGCUGCGAUGCUCCAGGCAGCCAGCUUGGACAAGAGAACGGUGACAGCCGGCUUCCGUGUGAUCGACAGGGAC